ACCGAUUGCUUGCGAAACAGCGACGCGCGCAAGUAAUUAACAGUCUUUGCAAGUCCUUGAGUCUCUAUAUAUUUCCUUCUUGCUGAAUCAUCGCAAUGGGCUGGUUCUGGGCCGAGCCGCCGCCCGAGGCCGGCAUUCCGCAGGGACACCCUGCCGUGCCUCUGAACAAGGAGCCUCCGCCCGGAUGCCCGAUGCACCAAAAGGCCGCCGAUGCCUUGAACCCGCACAAAGCCAAACCCGUCCAGCCCGUCGAGAAGCCGUCGGCCUCCGGCUGCCCAGUCCCCCACGGCUCCCAGGAGCAGCAGAAGCAGCAGGAGGAGCCCAAGUCAAUACUCUCCCAGCUCAAUCCCCUAAACUACAUGUUCCCGGACCUGUCACAGAAGCCCGCGCCCAAGCAAACAAUGGCGUUGCCGACGGAGCGCGAAGAGUCCAGCAUCCCCAAGGGGUCCGGCGACGGCACGUGGGAGUACCCGUCUCCCCAGCAAAUGUACAACGCCCUGCUGCGAAAGGGCUACACCGACACGGACAUCACGGCGGUGGAAUCCAUGGUUUCUGUGCACAACUUUCUGAACGAGGGCGCGUGGCAAGAGAUUGUCGACUGGGAGAAGAGGUUCGCGCGCGGCCUGUACCGGGGAUGGCAGGUGUGCAAGCGUGGAGAGGCCCACGCGGCCGAGGAGCUGGAUAAGCAGUGGGAUGGGGUUGAGGUCAACCCGACGCUCAUCCGCUUCCAGGGCCGGCCCAAGGAUCUCACGCCCAAGGCGACGAUGCUGCAGGUCCUGGGCUGGAUCUACCCUGCCAAGUUCGGAACCGAUCUCCCGUUUGAUCGUCACGACUGGUACGUCUCGCGCGACGUCAACGGCCAGAAGAAGGAGAUCCGCUACGUCAUCGACUACUACUCCGGCGAGCCGGAGCCGACCGGAGAGCCCGUCUUCUACCUCGACGUCCGGCCCGCGGCCACGCCCCUUGGCGCUGCUGAGCGCAUCAUCCGCUGGAGCACCGACGUGUGGUGGAAGGCGAUAGGGGGUGACCAGCGGGAGCAGAACCCGCAGCCCUUUUUUCGCCACAACGCCGUCAAGCCUUGGGGUUGA